AUGUCGCUCGCUCUGCUCUGCCUCGCACACGGCCUCCGCUCGUGCUCAGACCGCGCAUGGGCCUUUGUGCUGCCCGUUUACCUCGCACAGGCGUCGCCCGGCUCGCUGCGCCCCAUCUCGGCCGUCUCGCUGGCGCAGUCGUUGGGAGUUGUCCUGCUGGCCCCGCUGAUCGCACGCGCAGGGCCGCGGAUGCAGCCGCGCUGGAUGGCGCUGCUCGUUGUUUGCGAGAACGUGUGCGUGCUAUGUGGCGGUGCCGCCUUGCUUGCUGCUGGCGCGCCGGGUACAGUGUACUCGAACGGCGUGAUGGGCGACCCGCGCUUCUGGGCUGGAGCGGUACUCAUGGCUGUCGACGGCGCCAUCUCCUCCCUGCUGUCUCUCGUCGUCGAGAAGGACUACGUGAGGCGCACAUGCGGCGGCGACGUGGACCGACUGGCGGCCGCCAACGCGGCGGUGAUGCGCACCGAUCUCGGUGCCUCCGUCGGCACCUACGCGCUGCUGGCCCUGGCACAGACCGACGGUGCCUUGCUGGCUGACCCCGCCUCGCUGCUCGCCGCGCUCGCAGCGUGGCAUUGUACAGCGGCCUGUGCCACCCUGGCAGUGCUGGCGCUCCUCCGCCGGUCCGAGCCAGCGCUCGCGGCGGACGGCGACGCGGCCGACAAGCCACCUCCGCCUUUGAGGGCAGCGCUCGGCGGGCUGCGCGAAGGCGGCCGCCUGGCAGCGGAACUCGAGCCGGGGGCGCGCCGCACGCUCUGCGCUUUCGUCGCGCUAUUCUUCACGGUGCUCUCGCCGUCCGGCCUGCUCACCGCGCACUUGCGCAGCCGAGGCGUCGGCGCGGGCUCGAUCGCAACCUUCCGAUCCGCGGCGCAGGCGGCGGGCUGCCUCGGCACCGUCGCCGGCCCGCCGCUCAUCAAGCGGCUCGGCGUGGGUCGGGCGGGAGCGGUGCUGCAGCGGCUGCAGCUCGGCAUGGUUGUGGCCGCGGCGCUUGCCGUCCUCCUCCCCUCCUGGCCCCGCCGAGGGCCUGCUCGGGAGGCGGUGCUGAUGGGCGCCGUCGCCGGCUCGCGCGUGGGCCUCUGGGGUUUCGACUUGUGCGAGCGCGCGCUGCUGCAGCUCGCCGUGCCCGCCGGAGACGGCGCGGUGCUCGUCUUCAACUUCGAGAGGGCGCUCGCGGAACUGGCGGGCUUCGGCAUGCUCGGCCUCUCGCUCGCGUACCCACGGCCCGACGAUUUUGGCGUUCUCGUGGGUGUGUCGGCGGCGGCCGUCUGCCCGGCGAAGUGA